UCAGCCCCUCCUAAUAUGCUCUUACUGCUUGGGGUCCAGCCUGUUCUAGUCUUGAGAUGUCAUAGCCACCAAGAAACCUUGCUGAAACAUGGAGUUGGCCAAGUUUUGAGAGUGGGGGUGGGACAGGAAGAUGAAAAAUUUCUGACAGACUUGUUUGCACAACUAACAGAUGAAGCCACAGAUGAGGAGAAAAGACAGGAAUUGGUAAAUUUUCUGAAAGAGUUUUGUGCAUUCUCACAAACACUGCAGCCUCAAAACAGAGAUGCAUUUUUCAAAACUUUGUCAAAUAUGGGCAUACUGCCUGCACUAGAAGUCAUAUUGGGUAUGGAUGAUGCACAAGUACGAAGUGCAGCCACUGAUAUAUUCUCAUAUUUGGUUGAAUACAACCCAUCCAUGGUACGAGAAUUUGUGAUGCAGGAAGCGCAGCAGAAUGAUGAUGAUAUAUUACUCAUUAACCUCAUUAUAGAACACAUGAUUUGUGACACAGAUCCAGAACUUGGAGGAGCAGUGCUACUCAUGGGUUUGCUUCGUACUUUAGUUGAUCCAGAAAAUAUGCUUGCCACUGCCAAUAAAACAGAAAAGACAGAGUUCUUGGGUUUCUUCUACAAACAUUGUAUGCAUGUUCUGACAGCCCCUUUAUUGGCCAAUACUACGGAGGACAAGCCUAGCAAAGAUGAUUUUCAGACAGCCCAGCUCUUGGCAUUAAUACUGGAAUUGCUGACUUUCUGUGUGGAACAUCAUACCUAUCACAUAAAAAACUACAUUAUUAACAAAGAUAUCCUGCGAAGGGUACUCGUUCUCAUGGCCUCAAAGCACGCUUUCUUGGCAUUGUGUGCCCUUCGUUUCAAGAGAAAGAUAAUUGGAUUAAAGGAUGAAUUCUACAACCGUUACAUAAUGAAAAGUUUUUUGUUUGAACCUGUGGUCAAAGCAUUUCUAAAUAAUGGUUCCCGUUAUAAUCUGAUGAACUCUGCCAUAAUAGAGAUGUUUGAAUUUAUCAGAGUGGAAGAUAUAAAAUCGUUAACAGCUCAUGUAAUUGAAAAUUACUGGAAGGCACUGGAAGAUGUAGAUUAUGUGCAGACAUUCAAAGGACUGAAACUACGAUUUGAACAACAAAGGGAAAGACAAGAUAAUCCAAAACUUGACAGCAUGCGCUCCAUUUUGAGAAACCACAGGUACAGAAGAGAUGCAAGAACCCUGGAGGAUGAGGAGGAAAUGUGGUUUAAUACUGAUGAGGAUGAUAUGGAAGAUGGAGAGGCCGUGGUGCCCCCUUCUGACAAGCCUAAAAAUGAUGAGGAUAUUAUGGACCCGAUCAGUAAAUUCAUGGAAAGAAAAAAAUUGAAAGAAAGUGAAGAAAAGGAAGUUCUUCUGAAAACGAACCUUUCAGGUCGUCAGAGCCCGAGUUUCAAGCUUUCUUUUUCCAGUGGUACAAAAUCUAACCUUACCAGCCAGUCAUCUGCAAGUAAUCUGCCUGGUUCCCCUGGGUCCCCUGGGUCUCCAGGGUCCCCUGGCUCACCUGGAUCAGUUUCUAAAAGCACAUCUCAGAUGGCAGCUAUUACAACUAAGGGAGGUCUCGUUGGGCUUGUAGAUUAUCCUGAUGAUGAUGAAGAGGAUGAUGAAGAUGAAGAUAAAGAGGAAACUUUACCUUUGUCAAAGAAAGCAAAGCUUGAGUCAUCAUAAUGGCAACUGCUGAAGAACAUUACCAGUUGGGCAAGGAUUUUUUUCCAAAAAACAAAACAAACCCACAGCAAAGCAGCAAUCUUUUGUGAAUUACUGUGUAUGACACAGAUCAACCUAUACAAAUGGAUUUCUGCCAAUCAAGUGCCAAUUCAAAGGAGCAGAAGAAGGAGAAAUACUUCAUUUAGAGGAAAGACUUAUGCCUUUGAGCUCUCCAGCUUGGACCACACGUUGCCCUUUUCUCAGGGAAGGAAAUGGAAAACAAAACAAAAAAAGAAAAAAAAAAAAAAAAAAAGAAAAAAAAAGCCAACAGGGCAGGAGUUUUAUUAGUGGAACUCUGGAUUGGCUGGUCAGUUGCUACAAUCAGAAUAUGCUUUCUUGGACCAUGUAUGAGACUUCUGAAGAAAAGGCGGGUUUUGCCAUAAUUCUUCAGUAGUUAAGAAUGCCAGCAGUUUCUUUGUAUAAAAGAGACCUGCCUUUGAAAUCGUACAUUCUGAACAUUUUACUCAAGCUACAACAGGUUUUAAAAACCUCUGCGGGGGAGGGCCGAAUAUAAAGUUUCCUCUUUUUUUUUAAAUCUGUUCCCUUUGCCCUUUAAACUGCAGAAAUUUUUUUUGAGGUGGGGGAUUUGUUUGUCCCUUCUUGAUUAAAGAUUGAGUGGAAUUCUAGAUGUGGUCACUUUUGUGUCAUAAUUUUUUUUGCCCCCCUGAGUGUAUGCUUAGUUGUUGAGUAUAUAUUUGGGACCAUUAAAAUUUUUUGAUGUAAUAUAAUUUCA